ACACGCUCAGCAUCGUUUACUUAGCACGGCAAAGCCUUGCGCAUCUACUCCGUAAUGGCCACCGGCAUGAUGAAGCUCCCGACGGAGCUGCGAUGUCAAAUCAUGGGCUACAUCGUAACCUGCGAUCGUAUCGUGGUUGCACCUAAGAAACUUCGUACCCCCAAAGCGAAGAAGCAAGAACGCGAUGUUUCCACGAUUCGUGAGCCACUUCACGCUCGCCUUUGCCUCGCAGGAGAUGACACUCGAAUACCGGAGUUUCAUCGAAGACCGCAUUCGCAAGCACAAGGACUUGUUCUGCGUCAUCGUUAAGGACCUCGAAUUCGCAAACUUCGCAGCCCUACUCAAGCAGCUUGAGGCGAGCAGCGGCACCAGGACGAGGACAGGCGACAAACACCUGACUCCGAAGGAUAGUGUCAGCCGCCUUGGACGCUUCUACCACAAGCCCACACAUCCGCAGGCGUACGCGCGAGCUGAUAGCCCUUGUUUCCUCGUCAAACUCGUCUUCACCGCCAGCCUUGACAACUUUGUAGACGAGAGGUGGGUCAGGCUCCUUCGUUCUAUCAGUGUUGCCGAGAAGCAGCACGGCCAGCUCAACCUGCUCGUCAAGGUCGGCCAUGUUGUGCCGACUCCAGCUUUGUCGAUUUUGUUGAGCCACCACUUCAACGUCAAAACUGCGGGAGGGCAUUUGAACUACCUCACCGCCGCGCUAUCCAGAGUGUUAAGAGCGCCGCUAGAAACCCGGUACCUGCUGGGACACGACAUCAACGAGCCAACCCUCAUCGACACAGACGAGGUUGAUUAAUGGUCGAUGUAGCAAGAACGGAAGACUGGGACUCCACCUGAUGUGCGCUAUACACCGGAGUCAAUCGGAGGCUUGCCACUGCUACCGAGUAUGAUGAGUAGGAUCGAGGUGAUGACCGAGUCUAUCGAGCCAGACCACAUGGGCUUCGUACAGUCUGUCAAGCCAGACCACACGAGCUUCGUACCGCUGCCGCCACCCGACGAAGAGGUGGUGGAUGCACUGGAGGCAGAAACCGACGAGCCGGGCAGGCUCAUGUGGGGCCUGCAGCAAGGCUACAGCGGUGGCUGGAACCCGUCAUGCAUAUCACGGAAGCA